CCCACUACUGCAUUGAUGCUGUUGCCACCCUCGGUGAUGAUGUCACCGGCUCAGUGGAGCUCGAGCAUCCUCGCCGGAGACGGGGAGACAACAGAGCCAUUUUGACCCGCUCCGGAGUGCGAAGCGGCGGCCGACCGUCCUUCCCCGUUGUUCCUCCCCGCGGAUCACCCGCCGGCAAAGGCCGGGCAGAGGAGCGCUGAGCGCCGGCGGCACGACCUCGCAGCCCUAGGCCCGUUUUCAUGGAGACGAGAGGAGGCUGCUAGCGGGAGGUGGGGCGGGGGACCUGGAGGAGAGCGGAGGAGGUGGAAGUGGCCGCACGGAGCCGGAGGAGUGAAACAGACGAGCGCGACCAGCUCGUUGUGCUUCGCGGCACCGCGGAGACCAGCAGGCCCGGGGCACUAAAGAAGGCACCCCAGGGUGCUAAGGAAGACAGCACCAUGGCAGGGGCCUCUGUGAAGGUGGCGGUGCGUGUCCGCCCUUUCAAUUCAAGGGAGAUCGGGAAGGACAGCAAAUGCAUCAUUCAGAUGUCUGGGAACACAACCACCAUCAUCAACCCCAAGCAGGCCAAAGACAGCAAGAGCUUCAACUUUGAUUACUCCUACUGGUCCCACACCUCGCCCGAGGACGUCAACUAUGCCUCUCAGGUGCAGGUGUUCAAAGAUAUUGGAGAGGAGAUGUUGCUUCACGCCUUCGAGGGUUACAACGUCUGCAUCUUUGCUUACGGUCAGACGGGCGCUGGCAAGUCCUACACCAUGAUGGGGAAACAGGAUGUCAAAGAUCAACAAGGAAUCAUUCCCUUGCUGUGUGAAGAUCUUUUCACCAAGUUCAAUAACAAAACAGACAACAGCAUGUCUUACUCUGUGGAGGUCAGCUACAUGGAGAUCUACUGUGAACGUGUGCGAGACUUGCUGAACCCCAAAAACAAAGGGCACCUGCGUGUAAGAGAACAUCCUCUGAUGGGACCCUACGUGGAGGACCUGUCCAAGCUGGCGGUCACCUCCUACAAUGACAUCCAGGACCUGAUGGACUCUGGCAACAAGGCCAGGACUGUGGCCGCCACCAACAUGAAUGAGACGAGCAGCCGCUCGCACGCCGUCUUCAACAUCAUCUUCACUCAGAAACGCCACGACGCUGAGACGGACAACACCUCCGAGAAGGUCAGCAAAAUCAGUUUGGUGGAUCUGGCCGGCAGUGAGAGAGCAGAUUCUACUGGAGCCAAAGGGACAAGGCUGAAGGAAGGAGCAAAUAUCAACAAAUCUCUCACCACACUGGGGAAAGUCAUCUCUGCUUUGGCAGAAGUGGACUCUGGGCCGAAUAAGAAUAAAAAGAAGAAAAAGGUGGAAAGCUUCAUCCCCUACAGAGACUCAGUUUUGACCUGGCUGCUGAGAGAAAAUUUAGGGGGGAACUCUCGCACUGCGAUGGUAGCUGCCCUGAGCCCGGCCGACAUCAACUACGAUGAGACCCUCAGCACACUCAGGUACGCGGACCGCGCCAAGCAGAUUCGCUGUAACGCCGUCAUCAAUGAGGAUCCCAACAACCGAUUGGUGCGCGAGCUGAAGGAGGAGGUGUCUCGCCUGAAAGAUCUCCUCUUUUCCCAGGGCCUGGGUGACAUCAUUGACACUUAUCGAGGGUCCGCUCCUGAGAUAGAGGGUUUGAAAUACCUGUCCGAUCACAAGAACAAUAACAAUAAAGGCCAAGCUGUGAAUCAAAGGGAUGAUCUCUCCACAGUGACCAAUGCCAUGACGGGGAUGAGUCCCUCUCCGUCUAUCACAGCCUUGUCCAGUCGUGCUGGGUCCAUUGCCAGUUUGCACGACCGCAUUAUGUUCAGCCCGGGCAGCGAGGAGGCCAUCGAGAGGCUGAAGGAAACAGAGAAAAUCAUUGCUGAACUCAAUGAAACCUGGGAGGAGAAACUUCGCCGAACAGAGGCCAUUAGAAUGGAAAGAGAGGCCUUGCUGGCAGAAAUGGGUGUAGCAAUGCGAGAGGAUGGCGGGACAGUUGGCGUGUUCUCCCCUAAGAAGACGCCACAUUUGGUGAACCUCAAUGAGGAUCCUCUGAUGUCCGAGUGCCUGCUGUACUACAUUAAAGACGGGAUCACCAGGGUUGGUCGAUUAGAUGCCAGCAGUCGUCAGGACAUCGUCCUCAGUGGCCACUUCAUCAAGGAUGAGCACUGCACUUUCACUAGUUCCACUGGUCCGACGGGAGAAAUGGUAGUCUUAGAGCCGUGUGAAGGAGCUGAGACCUAUGUCAACGGAAAGAGAGUGACAGAGCCCACCGUCCUCAGAUCAGGAAAUCGCAUCAUCCUGGGCAAGAGCCAUGUGUUCCGGUUCAACCACCCUGAGCAGGCUCGGGCUGAGAGGGAGCGGACCCCCUGUGCUGAAACACCGGCUGAGCCCGUGGACUGGGCCUUUGCCCAGAGGGAGCUGCUGGAUAAACAGGGCAUUGACAUGAAACAGGAAAUGGAACAGAGGCUGCAUGAGUUGGAGGACCAGUAUCGCAAAGAAAGAGAGGAGGCCAACAACCUUCUGGAACAGCAAAGACUGGAUUAUGAGAGCAAGCUGGAAGCUCUUCAGAAGCAGGUGGACCGUUAUUACCCAGAAGCUCCAGAGGAAGAGGAGGAGCUAGAAGAAGAAGUGCAGUGGACGGAGAGGGAGAGGGAGCGAGCCGUGUGGAGCUUCCGCAAGUGGAGGUGCUACCAGUUCACCUCUCUUCGUGACCUGCUGUGGGGAAACGCCAUCUUCCUUAAGGAGGCCAAUGCCAUCAGUGUGGAGCUCAAGAAAAAGGUCCAGUUCCAGUUUGUGCUGUUGACGGACACUCUCUACUCCCCGCUGCCUCCUGACCUGUUGCCCUCGGAGGCAACUAAAGAAAAGGAGAAGCGACACUUCCCCCGCACCAUUGUGGCCGUGGAGGUGCAGGAUCAGAAGAAUGGUGCCACCCAUUACUGGACAUUAGGAAAGCUAAGGCAGCGGCUCGACCUCAUGAGAGAGAUGUACGACCGCGCUGCCGAUGUGCCCAACAACACCACCGAGGACUGUGAAAAUGUGAUGACUGGAGGUGACCCCUUUUAUGACCGCUUCCCCUGGUUCCGUCUGGUUGGCAGAAACCCCAUUUUCAACACAUGCAUGAGUGAGCGCAUGAGUGACCCCACCCCAUCCCCGACCCUCUCCAACUCUGAAAUUACUGAGCUGGCUGACUCACAGCGGGAGGGUCGCGGGGACGAGGAGUUGGAGGAGUUGGAGGACCUGGACGAUGAUAUCUUUUUGGACGAGCCGUGCUUGGAGCUCGGGGGAGAGGAUGAGGAUGAUGAUGAUGAUGGUGAUGAUGAUGAUGAUGAUGAUGAGGGAGAACUCUGCCGAGGCUCCAGCGAAGGCCAGGAUCCCUUUUACGACCGCUCACCAUUAUUCAGUGUAGUAGGAAGAGCUUUUGUUUAUCUGAGUAACCUGCUGUACCCGGUUCCUCUCGUCCACCGCGUGGCCAUCGUGAGCGACAAGGGGGAAGUGAAGGGCUUCCUCCGAGUGGCGGUGCAGGCCAUAUCAGCGGAUGAGGAAGCUCCCGACUACGGCUCAGGGGUAAGGCAGUCGGGCACUGCCAAAAUCUCCUUCGAGGAUCAGCAAUAUGAAAAGUUCCAGUCCGAGUCCUGCUCUGCGGGACUGUCCCGUACAGGGAUUUCCCAGGAGGAGCUUCGUUUCGUGGAGGGGGAGGGGCAGAACGUAGAAAUGGGACCCUCAGCCGAUGAGGUCAACAACAACACAUGUGCGGCCGACGCAGACGAGCAGGAGAACCCGCUGAAGGCCAGUGUGGACGGCCCGCUGGAUGCUCUGGAGCACCUCAGGAUUGGUAAUGUUUUUACAUUCAGGGUCACCGUCCUGCAGGCGUCCAGCAUCUCUGCAGAGUAUGCUGACAUCUUCUGCCAGUUCAAUUUCAUCCACCGCCAUGAUGAGGCCUUCUCUACUGAACCCCUGAAAAACACAGGCCGUGGUCCUCCUCUUGGCUUCUACCAUGUGCAAAAUAUUGCUGUUGAAGUUACUAAAUCCUUUGUUGACUACAUCAAGACUCAGCCAAUUGUGUUUGAGGUGUUUGGACACUACCAGAAACAGCCUUUCCUUCCUCUCUGUAAAGAUGUCAUCAGUCCUCUGCGUCCCUGCAGACGACAGUUUCCACGGGUGAUGCCUCUGUCCAAACCAGUGCCAGCCACCAAGCUGACAACCAUGGCCCGCCCACAGGCAGGACCCUGCCACUGUAAAUAUGAUCUCAUGGUUUUCUUCGAGAUCUGCGAGCUGGAGGCCAAUGGAGACUACAUCCCUGCCGUGGUGGACCACAGAGGAGGAAUGCCUUGCCACGGCACAUUCCUACUGCACCAGGGCCUCCAGAGGAGAAUCACUGUCACUAUUGUGCACGAAUCAGGCGGUGACAUGGAGUGGAAGGAAGUCCGUGAGCUCGUUGUGGGACGUCUCCGAAGCACCCCCGAAGCCGAUGAGACCAUCAUUGACCCCAAUAUUCUCUCCCUCAACAUCUUGUCCACUGGGUAUGUCAGGCCCAUGCAAGACGACAGACAGUUUCUUGAUUCGGACAUGCCUAGUAUUUCCUUGGGAGUUGACCAUAGGACCUUCUAUCGCUUCGAGACCGCCUGGGACAGCUCCAUGCACAACUCUCUGCUGCUGAACAGAGUCACUCCGUACGGGGAGAAGAUCUACAUGACCCUCUCCGCCUAUCUCGAGAUGGAGAACUGCACCCAGCCCGCAGUCAUAACCAAAGAUAUCUGCAUGGUGUUCUACUCCCGAGACACAAAGCUCUCGGCCUCUCGCUCGAUCCGCAACCUUUUCGGUACUGGGAGCCUGAGAGCUGCAGAUGGAAACCGAGUAACUGGAGUUUAUGAGGUCAGCUUAUGCAAUCUGGCAGACGCAGGAAGCCCAGGUAUGCAGAGGAGACGCAGGCGGGUGCUGGACACCUCGGUGGCCUAUGUCCGCGGGGAGGAGAACUUGGCUGGGUGGAGGCCUCGCAGUGACAGCCUCAUUCUGGACCACCAGUGGGAGCUGGAGAAGCUCAGCCUACUUCAAGAUGUGGAGAAGACAAAACAUUACCUCUUGCUGAGAGAGAAACUGGAGUCCACCCUGCUCAUGGGUCAGGAGGCCCUGCAGUCCUGUGUCGCCGAGGAGCUGAGCGAGUCUGCUCCGCCCCCCUUGGAGGUCGACCCAGAGAUCAGCUCCAGCGCUGAAUUCGCCACCGAGCGGCAGAGGGACCUCGCCGCCAAGUGUUUGCGGCUGCUCACUCACUCCUUCAACAGAGAGUACGGCCACGUUUGUGUCAGCGCCAGUGAGAGCAAGAUCUCCGAGAUGUCGGUCACCACACUAAGAGAAUCCACUUCAAUCUGUGCUCUCAACACGAUCACGCCCUCGUCAACAUGCCCUUCACUGGUUGAGGGUUGCUAUGGCAACACUGAUCUCAGACCACCCAUGCCUCGCUCUCGUGCCGUCAGCCCCAGUCCUGACGCACAGCAUGACCCAGAGGCCAAGAAGUCCAGCAAUGGAGCCUCUGAAGCCAAGCCCAGCACUCGCAAAUAUGUCCCUGAUAUCCAGGAGAUCAGAGUCAGCCCCAUCGUGUCGAAGAAGGGUUACAUCCACUUCUUGGAGCCGCACACCAACGGAUGGGUGAAGCGCUUUGUGGUGGUGCGGAGGCCAUAUGUCUACAUCUAUAACACAGAGAGAGACGGCGUGGAGCGGGCUAUUCUCAAUCUCUCCUCUGCUCAGGUGGAGUACAGUGAGGACCAGCAGGCGAUGCUGAAGACCCCCAACACGUUUGCGGUGUGUACAGAACACCGUGGAAUACUUCUUCAAGCUACUAAUGACAAAGAGAUGCACGACUGGCUUUAUGCGUUUAAUCCUCUCCUCGCUGGAACUAUCAGGUCAAAGCUGUCGAGAAGACGAGCCGGACAGAUGAGGAUGUGAAAUGACACCCUUAAAACAAUUUCACGAGAGAAGGAUGGCCGCAAAGACUUUCAUGUAAAUAGAUCCUCGUCCCUCAAUCGCCUCCCCCCGUGCUGAGUCCCACCACCACCACCACCACCACCACCACCACCAACAACGUUCCCCUCUGCAUUCCCAGUUUAUCACUCGUGUCCUCGGCACCUAAAAGCGCCCCUUUUUUGUGUCAGGCCUUUUGCCGCCGCGUGAGUCUCGUAGUCUGGAGAGCGUCUUCAGAAAGCUGUCACUGUACUGUACAGGAGUUCAGUCGUAGCUGGACGAAUGAAGAAAGUAGCAUCAGUUUCUUAUCUCAGAUAACAUAAGUCUAGUAAUGUACUGUAGUUGUUGUCAGUGACACAUCAAGCCUUAUACAUUUAUUCCUUGGGGAAAAAAAAAAUGCAGUGACAUUAAUCUUGAGUAAAGCUGCCACGGCAGUGAGGAUCACAUCCGCUACAUUUUGCUCAGUAAAUAAGCAAACAUGCAGAUUCUUCUCUACUCUAUUGCUAUAUAUACAGUGUCUACACAGGUCUGCUUACAACUUACAGCAAGAAAAUGCACAAAAAAGAAAAAAAAAUGACAGUUGAGUGUAACUCUUAACUCUUCUUUCUGGUCUGUGAAUCCUGACAUUGAGUAAUCUGCUUUAGCACACACGGCCUGUUGAGGGAAUGGCAUAUCAUUCAUGUUCUUGUGGCAUUUUGAUAAAUCCAUAAUUCCAUGUCUUUUCAGCUACUUGUGAGAGCACUGUGGGUAUCUACAUUCAAAUGUAAAGCAAUCAAAUAUCAUCCCAUCUUAAUCCUCCCAAGUUAAUCGCUAUGUGGAUUUUUUAUUUGUUUUUAAAAUGUGAUAUAUUUAGAUAUUUAACAGCUUUAUUAUUUAUUUCUGCAUGUAUUUAUUUACAAAGACAUUUAUAUUUCUAAAGUAGUAGUAUCGUGCUAUUUCCGCACACUGCACUUUUUAAUAUAAGUUCCUCAAAUGUUUGAUUAGUGCAACCUUUUCCUCCCCUAAGCAUUUAACACUAUUGAAACAAUUCAAUAACUUUCUGAUCGGCCAGUUUCUUCACCUGAUUGAAUAAUAAUAAUAAUAAUAAUUUUGCCUCUAAGAUUAGGGUAGUCACACCUGCCCAACAAAAAUGAAUCUGACAAAAUCGUUAUAUUGAAUGUUUAGAUGGUCUGUCCAACUGCACAAAGUUACAUCAAUAAUCAAAAGUAUGAACUGUUCCUCACAGCAAAGACUAAGAAACUGGUUGUCUGUGAGAAAUUUACAGUAUGUGGAUUAAAUGUAGUGCCUCUCUUUUCAAUCAUACUGUACUGCACUGUACUGUAUGCCUCUGCACCAGUUGCUCUGGAACAUCAUCCUUUCUGCUGCUACAAUACUGCUCUGGAAGUGUCUGCAGAUAACACCAUCACUUUCCCGCUCACGGUCAUCAUCAUACUCAUACUCGAUCAAAUACAAGAAUAUCCCUAACACACAUUAUACUUCGUUUUCAUAUUUACGAAAACCUUUGUAGGUAUUGUCAACAAGCAUGUGCCUAUAUUUGUCACUC